AUGGCAUAUCAACUCCUCGUCUUGUGGCUAUUAUGGCCUUACUGUGCCUUUGCCAACGUGGAGAAGAUCAUUUUCCUUGCUCCUCCCGCUGAAAAUCUACCCCAAGAUGCAAGUAUCGACAAUCUGUUUCUGACACGCCUAUCUGAACAAUACCCAAGUGUCAGAACUCACAUCAAUGCAAGCUUCCCGAGCCCAGACUCUCCGAAAGGAACGCAAAAUUGGUUCCUCAUCGAGGAUCUUCGCCCGGAAAGACGAUAUGAGCUUCGAAUAUGUUGGCUGGCAACCCAACCUACAUCCUUCUGGCUCUACACGCACUCUCUGGAUUAUACUUUUGCCACUCCCGACCUUCUGGCAUCGUUGAGUGAAUACGCUUAUGCGCGCCGUGCACAACUCGGCCCCGACGAUACUCAGGCGCUCCUUCUCCGGAAGCCCAAGGUUGGUACCGCCAAUACGGGGUCAACUUUCCUCUUCCUCCAGGUGUUCGCCGCGGCAGACUAUUUUAGCUUGAACCAGACUCUGAUGGAGAUGGUGCCCCCGGUGGCCGUCGACGUGAUUUUAGACCCAUAUAUUUUCAACAUCUUGCCCAAGUCACUCGCUUCAACGGGGUUAUAUCUCCUCGCGGUUGCGGUGGGGGCGUGGUUUCUCUCCGGCUGGAUUGUAAGGCUCUUAGCCAGCCCUGUAGCCAAACAGGGUCAAGGGAAACUCAACAAGUCUGACUGA